CGUCUGCAGCGCCCACUCCCUGACCCCCCCCCGCUGUCGUCGCAUCGUCUGCAGCCGCCCUGUGCCUGGCUCCCGCUCCGGCCUUCGCCUCCCCCCUCCCAUCUGCAUCUCGUCUCUGUCGCUGCAGACUCCUCGAUACCUCCCGUCUUCUCCCUGUCUCCCGCUGCAUCUUUUGUUUCCGUUUUUCUGAUCCACCAUGUUCAAGGCCUUCAAGAACCUCGGCCUCGGCCCGACCUUCUCCGUCUCUAUCCAGCUCCACGACUCGGUCACAAACGACGGCACCCAGUCGACCUCUCUGCCGGCCGAUGUCCAUCUGCCCCACGACGCCGUCUCCGUCAACGGCGUCGUCAUCGUCAACAACUCAACCCAGAAGAGCAUUCCCGUCCACAAGCUGAAACUGAUCCUUGUCGGUGGCUUUACCAUCGUCGAGGGCGGCAACGGCGCCCUGGACAUCCAGACCUACGACACCCUCAUCCAGAUCAACCCAUCGGUCCUGCCAUCUGGCACCUACUUCACCCACGCCAUCCACAAGACCCUGAACAUGCUCAUUCAGAAGGGCGAGGUUCCUCCUGGCAACUCGGAGUACCCGUUCAUGCUGCCGUUCCCCAAGCACAUUUGCCCGACAUUCAAGUCCAAGGACGAUGCCCCGUCCAUCCAGUUCAAGCUCUAUGCCGGUCUGUGGAAAACAAAGUCGCACGAUCUCGAAGUUACCGCUUACAAGGAGCUCGAGGUCGAUAUCAAGCGCACCGUCCUGUGGAGAAAGCCCACCGAUGUUAUCAACGAAGCUGGUCGUCUCACGGGUGUCGAUAUCUUCCACAAAAUCGUCAUCCCCGACCACAUCUACACCACCUCCGAGUACUUCACGGCCACUCUGACGUUCGAAGGCACAGAGGGCAUGAACAUCAAUAGCUUGAAAUCCGAGCUGUCGCUGAUGGAGAUUUGCAACACCGAGAAGCGCCAAUACGAGCGCAGGGUCACCAAGGCGAUCAAGCCCGAGGAGUUCUCCACCUCCAAGAGCAGUGGCGCUGACCAACACUACGGUCUGGUCAACUUCCGCGUCCCCAUCGAAAACGUGCGUCCUGACUUUAUUCCCGACACCGAGAAUCCUCCGAUGACGGUCCGCCACGAGGUCGUCAUUGCCACCACCGACGGCAAGUUCAAGGUGUCGAUACCCAUCGCUGUCGAGCUGGCCCAGGUGGGCUCGUCCACCACCCGCACCUUCCAGGCCAUCAAUCCGAUCCCUGGACGCACCCCGUCGCUCCAGAGUGCCUCCUCCGGUGGCGAGCAUGUGGCCCAUCCGCCACCUUACACCCCCAUCGGCUCUGAGAACCUGUCGGCAAUGCCCAAGCCCAUGGCCAUUCUCGCGACGCCCUCGGUUCGCUCGGACUCGAUCCGCGCCAACAGCGUCUCGACCUCGGGCUCGCCCAACAUCCGCGGCAACUUUUACGGCAGCCCCAUCAACUCCGUGCAAACCCCACAGAUGCCAAAGCAGCCUAUUGUCUCGCCCCGUGCCAAGACCAACAGCCCGAUGCUCUAUUCCCAGCAUGGCUCGCCCGAGUACCGCGUGCUGGUCCAGCACAAGCCCUACCGCGACGACGAGUUGCUGCUGUACCCGGACGACAUUGUCGUUGUUCUCGAAAAGUACGACGACGGCUGGGCCAAGGGCACCAACAUCCAAACCCGAUACACCGGCAUCUUCCCGCUCUGUAUCCUCUCUGGGUUUGCCCCCGAGAUUGCGGUUGUCGAUCCCUACGUCGAGAUUGCGCUUCCGCUGCGCUCGUCGUCGAUCGACCAGUACGGCGACGUGGACGUUGUGCAAAAGGCCCUCCUCUCGUCUGGCAACUCCAUGGCGAAGCAGAUGGCCCCUCGCGGAUCGAUUGCGUCCACCAAGUCGCACACCGAUGCCAUGGCUGCCGCCAUUGCGUCGCGGCGCAAGGCCUCUAUCUCGGCCGCCAUUCCAAAGUACAUGUGUGUCAAGUACUACGCGCCCAACAUGUCGGACGAGCUGGAGCUGUAUCCGGGCGAUGUCAUCUGCAUCACCCACAACUACGGCGACGGCUGGGCCCAGGGCUACAACGUCAUCACCAACAUCCCGGGUGUGUUCCCGCUGAACUGCCUCUCGGCCGAGCCCAUUCCGGAGCCCGCUCCUCACCCCGGCUACAGCCCUGUGUCCGCAAAGUCGGUCCUCGCCACCACCCCCGUCCUCAACCCCAACGUCUAUCAGGGCCAGCCAAUGACCCCCACCAUUCCGCCGCCGUCGCAUUACUCGCACUACUCGGACUCGAUGGCGUCACCGCCCGUCGCCGUUGCGCUGCCGCCUACCCCUGUGUAUGCGUCUUCGGACUCUGGCUUUGGUCGCCCCGUUGUCCCCGCCGCCGCGAUGAUGUCGCCGCCCAUGGCCUCAUCCAUCUCCACUCCACCCGACUCGCCCCGCCGUAAGCCCUCGGUCACCAGCAGCUUCUCCAACAACGACUCGCAGCACUCGAGCAACUCGUUCUCGGUGGCUGUGCCCUUCACCAUGGCCGAGCUUGACCAGCUGCUUGUCGAGGCCAAGGUGCCGCCCCAGGAAUACGUCCGCAUGCGUCCGAUCGUGAUCCAGCUCGAAUCCCUGAACGAGAAGCUGCUGAACGGCUCCAUCCAUCCGACAAAAUACAUUGAAGAGCGCGACCUCAUCCUCAAGUCCUAAAGAAAAAACCAGCAACCGCGACCGUACACUUUGCCCAGAACACGCACCCCUUCCCUAUCGAACUCGAUCUUGAAUUUUUGUUCUUGAUUUCGCCCCCCCCCC